AUGGGCGAAAAAUAUACUACGAGCCCCGGCUUUACGGCCUGGGGGCCUUUCAUCAAGGACGAUUAUAUCAUAGAGCCCGUCAGUCGAUCCGACCUUAUCACAGCCGGGGUCGUAUUUGGUUUGGCUAACAUCUUCGCCCUCUCCGCGGCCUAUGUUAUCAUCAGACACACGAGGGCAUCUCGAAGACCUUUAAGGAGCGCUUACAUCUGGAUGAUCUGGCUGGAAUUGGCGGCAUCAGUAGUCAUUGGUAUCGAAUGCCUACUCCAUCUGCUGCGGAUCAUUCGACCAAGCUUUUACUUCUACAUACAGCUUCUACUUCAGAUUGUCAUCAACCGCAUUCGUAUCAUUCUAGACAGUAAGGAAAGAGGACGACAGCUUAUUAUUGGUACUGCCAUCAUUGUCACCCUAAUCAACAUAAGUGUCUUCAUCAUCUGGCUCCCCGCACGCCUUCAGAUAAGUGAAAGGUGGAUCCGAGUCAAUAAUGUUUGGGACCGCGUUGAGAAGGUUCUAUACCUUACCAUCGAUGGCUUUCUCAAUUACUACUUCGUUCGCGUGGUGAACGCCAACCUUGUAGAAAACGGGCUUGAGAAGUACAGACGCCUUGUGCGGUUCAAUCAACGUAUCAUCAUUGUCUCCCUUCUAAUGGACGUCAUGAUAAUUGGGGCAAUGAGCAUCCCGAAUGGCUUUGUCUACGCCAUCUUCCAUCCCCUCGCCUACCUUGUCAAGCUCAACAUCGAACUCUCGAUGGCCGAUCUCAUCAAGAAAAUUGCUCUGGGCCGCCCGCGCAAAAGCGAGGAUUUAGCCCUUAAGCUUACCUUCGGCACAUCGCCAGGCGGCUUUGGCAUGACCGAUAGCAGUGUGACUGCAGAACCGCAAUCUCUGCGGUUCUCCGCCCUGCAAAGUUCUUCUGAUCGUACCAACUAUAGUUCAUCUAUCAAGAACCACGAAAUCAGAAAGACGGAAGAAUUUGUCUUGCGAAGUUCCCUACAAUCUGAUUCUGACCGGGCCAUGUCGAAACACGUUGCUGACCGUUGGAUGGCGCAAGUCGAAGACGAUGACUUGGACCAAAUGAACUACACGCAUCGGACAAGUGACGACGAUAGCUUGGUGGAUGUUGCAAUAUCAGAGCCAGUUGGAAAUUCAUAUUUGGCAUUGAGCGUCGCCGGAAUACCUUUUGUGGCUUUCGAUAGUAUUCCAACGUUACGGCGCGUGUCAUGGGUUAUGGUCCUUUAA